GCGGGCGUUAAUGUGCUCUAAAACGUAUUAUCAUAUACAUGUACUCUAUAACAAGACGUGCUCUCAACUCGUCAUAAUUACGAAUAAUAAUUAGCGGCGUAACUGCAUCCUUCUCUCAUUGGCGUUUCGUCGCAAAAUUGAAUAACGACAUUUUAUUUUAUGCUUUCCGGUGGUUUAUAGAGAAAUAUCAGUGAAAUAAAAGUGGUAUUUCACUGUUUCAAACAGUGAAACAUAACAGUGAAAAAUAUCGUUAUUUUUCACUGUUUCAGUUAGAUACUGGAACUACUUCCCCAAUAACCCCAUGGUGAGCCUCAAUUGCAAUUUUCAUUCAAGGGAGACUAGUCUACUUGAACCUGAAACACACAUUUACCUCCCUUAAACAUAAUUAUUUCGUCUGCUGCUUAACUCUUUAACAACAAUGGAUGAAUUGGAAAACAAUGAAAUAAAUCUUCUUUUCUCAAAUAUCUUUGACUUUGAUGACUUUUUUAAUGAAAUGAAUGAACAAGAUGAUGACAGCGCUUCAAAAUCACAAGAAAUAACAUCAGCAGCACCAACAGCAGGAGCAGCAACAUCAGCCCCACAUCCACUGGUAACAGCAUCAACACAGGAAGAAAAAGAACAAAACCCAACAUCAACACCAACAAGGAAUUUCAGAUCUGUAAGUGUGGAUAGCUUUCUGCUUGAAAACGAAAAUUUAAAUACAAAAAAGAAAACCGACAAUGACAUCAGACUUUUCAAAACUUUCCUAAAAAGUCACAAAAAUGAGGCAAGAAAUAUUGAAAAUAUACCUCCUCAUGAAUUGAACCCUCUGGUCUGCGAGUUUUUGUUGGGUGUGACUAAAAAAGAUGGAUCAGAGUAUGAACCCACAUCUUUGAGGGCAUUUUUAAGCUCAAUCGACAGGCAUUUAAGGCACAUGAACUACAAGCACUCUUUGAUAAAUGACCCUGAAUUUGCCAAAGUGAGGGAAGUAUUAAAAAGUAAACAAAAAGCUCUGAAAAAAGAAGGUUAUGGAAAUAAACCGCAUCAAGCCCAGGCAUUAACAAAUGAACAUAUUGAAGCUAUGUACGCAGCUAAAACUCUGGGAGAAUCAAGCCCAAGAGCUCUAUUACACUCACUGUGGCUUAUAUGUACAACCCAUUUUGGGAUGAGAACCGGCAAGGAAAUUCACACCCUAUGCUGGGGUGAUGUCAGCCUUGGAAUCGAUUUUGAAACUGGUGAAGAAUUCAUCACCUUCGACACUGAGCGUCAGACAAAAACCCGUACUGGUGAAAAUCCUAGGGAUAUAAGGUGAUUUUCCUACUUUAAUAUAUUUGUACACAAAUCUGAAUUGAUAAUUUUUUAUUUAUAUAAAAACUGGUACUGUUUAUAAAAUAUUUAAAUGGAAUUUUUCUUUAGUAAAAAUAAUACAAACAUGGAGGAUAUGUGUUGGUUAAGGUAGAAUAUCGAUUUUAUUUCACGAUUGAUCAUAGAAAUUAUUAUUUUUACGAGUGGCGAAGCCACAAUUGAAAAUAUAUAUUUUCUAUUAUCACAAGUGAAUUUAUAGACCUUUUUUUACAAUAUAAUUCUUAUUUGUAUUAUUAAUAUACAGUAGACUUCACUUUUGUUGGAAUAGUAUUUAAUUUAAACAAAACAUUUAAUGCAACACACAUUUUAACUAUUCAUAGGAAAGUCAAGCCACGGGCAUAUGCAGUUCCCGAACAACCUGACAGAGAUCCGGUGCAUCUCUACAAGCUAUAUGCCGACAAACGCCCUGUUGACAUGAUGACAGAAGACAGCCCCUUCUUCUUAACUCCUGGCAACAAGACACAGCAAUGCUGGUUCAGGAAGUCUGCCAUGGGAAUAAACAAGCUAUACAGCAUAAUGACCGAGAUGAAAACAGAUGCUGGUAUUCAAGAGCCAAGAAUCACCCCAUACAGUGCAAGAAAGCACUUGAUUCAGAAGCUGAAUGACGAGAAUGUUCCUGCUCAUCAAAUAAUACAGAUUUCAGGGCACAGAAAUAUUAACAGCUUAAAUAAUUACAGCAGUUUGAACAAGGAACAGUCAAAAAAUAUUUCAAAAAUACUUUCUCAUUCAAACCAGUCAGUUGAAAAGCACAACCGCACAGCCACUGCCACUGCGUCAGCCACACCUGCAUCAAGUGAUUUUCCGAUGGCCCGAGGAUUUUUUGUCAACUCACAUUUCCAGGGCAAUGUAACAUUUAAUUUUCACAACUCUGAAUCUUACAUGGGCCUUUCCCAGACACAGAACGUAGUAAAUCACCAGAGGCAAUCUCCAUCCCGUACACCGGCGGUAACCGCAGAUUCCCCUGUACAGCGACACUACAAGCGAAUCCGUCUUAUUGCAGAGAGUGACAGUGAUUGAUAUCGAAACCAUUUAGCACAAAAACACUGUUGAAAUAUGUUUGCGUUCCUAGUUUAAUCCAGUUAUGUGUUAUUAAUCCAGCAAGUCGUAAAAGUGUUGUUCAACAUGGCGAGCACUUUCGUAACUUUGAGAUCAGUUGAAUACACAAAUUACUACGCCAGUAUAUGCAACACUAUUAAUUUCAUAAUAAUUUAAAUUAAACUAUUGUUUGUAAUAAUAUUGAAUGUAUAAAGUAUGAAAAAGAUAUAUGUUGAAUAAAACAUUGAUUUUAAUAGUAA